AACAACAAAACUGCUCAAAGAAAAAUAAAUAAACACAACUCCCCUUACCUUCUUCAUCUUCAAUUUUCUUCUGAAAUACUCUAAUUUUUUCAGAUGAAAAACUCAAUUUGUAAUAGCCAUGUUCCAUAUACCAAAUUCUCUUUCUGAAAUUUGCUUUACUCUUUUCAGGUUCAUAACUGAUCCCUGGCCUUUUUCUUAAAACCCCAACUCAAAAAUAAAAAAUUUCUUCUUAUUUAAUUUUUCUCCUACAAAAUGCGCAGAUUCCGAGGCUUCGUGCUCAAACAUCGAAUCACCGCACUUUUCCGAUGUGUUAACCGGCGACGGCGUUUUCCGGCGAAGUACCGCCGGCUGGACAGACAUCCAAGCUGGGGUUCGAAUUCAAUUUCUAAGUUCUUAAGCUGGACCCGCCGUCUCAAAACGAGAGCUAAGGCUAUUUGCAGCAAGGGUAAUUAUUCCGGGUCGGGUCGGGGGUACAUACAUGUCGGGCAAGACCCGAUUAAAGAGGAAAGUGUGCCGAAAGGUCACUUGGCGGUUUAUGUGGGUCAGAAAGACGGUGACUAUAAACGGGUUUUGGUUCCGGUAAUUUAUAUAAAUCAUCCUUUGUUUAGUGAAUUGUUGAGAGAAGCUGAAGAAGAAUACGGGUUUAAUCACCCGGGUGGUAUAACGAUUCCUUGUCGGAUCUCGGAGUUUGAGCGUGUUCAGACCCGGAUUGAACAGGGUCGGGUCGGGUAACCCGGAAAAGGUGUUGUGAACAUGGAGGUGGUGACUGGUGAUGCAUGCAGAUACCAUUUUGAUAAUGACGAUAGUUAUUAAGAGAUUUUUGUAGUUUUUAUUGAAUCCUUUUUCGUUUUUUGUCUUUUUAAAUUUUUAAUUUUCGGAGGUUUUAUUUGUGAUGUAAGAAUAGUUUGUGGAUGUGUACAGUAUUUAUAUAGGAAACUUCCGAUCUCUUUCCAGUUUUU